ACCCUGCCCUCCGUAUAUCACCGUAUUGACGUGUUAUUAGCAAAUGGGAGCAGAAGGGCCGAUCCUUCGCCUGAAGAGGUCAUUCUGACUACAGUCGCCACUUGUUGCCAAAACCUUCGGCGCUUCAAGACUCGAUCACCUCGAAUUCAUUUAUACACAUCAUUAUUCUGUUCCCUUCAAUCGAGACGCGUAUUUCGAUGUUGAAUCAGGAUUCAGGAAUACUCCCGCAUCCAACACUGAAAGGAGAUACUUUUUGAACUGUUUGAUAUUUCGGUCUGAUCUGACGGGUGUAGAAGCAUGGUUGAUAACACCAGUAUAGCAACUAAAUCUGCGUUGCAAGCUGCGUUCUCCUCGGUCCCGUUCUCCUCCGCCAGCAACCUCCCCCUGCUCGUCUCUUCUGCCUCGACACACAACCACUUCCCCGGCUCACACUCGCAGUCCCACCAGCCCAGUAGCGGAGGCAUGAAGCUAGAGGCAGUAAUGGAAAACCUUCAGAGACAGCAGGCUGCCCGCCUGGCGCUGGAAGAAAAGCUCCGGCAAGCGGAGAAAGAAAAAGAUCUACGGUCCAUGGUGGAGUCUCAGAUUCAACAGCAAGCCCUCGCCUUCCGCCACUACCAAGCGGCGGUCCGGGGCGCUUUUGCGGGGGGAGUAGGGAACUCGUCUCCGGCGUUGACGAGCUCCGCUGAACGGAGACUGGCUAUACCUCACCUCGACGUCCGCAGGCAUUCAGACAGAGUGGAUGACUCGGAUGUGGACGACGAUCAAGAGGGAAUGGACCGCGGUGUGGAGGACGAAGACCGGGAUCUGGACGGGGAUGACAUGGACAACGAGGGAGUCGUGGAAGACGAGGAUGAGGAAGACAUGGAGGGUGCUCUCAGCCACUACCAGCCCCGCCACCCCAUGCAUCCGGGUGCGGGACACUCUCCAACGGACACCCCUGUACAGCUCACGUCCAGAAUCCCGCCGUCCUUCGCUGCGCCCCGGCAGUCGGAGUCCCCGGGUGGUAUGGCACCACAGUCUCAGCACCAUGAAUGGACGUACGAAGAGCAGUUCAAACAGUCAGGAAGAGGCAGCACGCCAGAGGGGAGGCUGGGAAAUUCAAGUGUCGGUAUCGGUGGUGGCUCCUCGUCUCUGAUUCAGGAGUUGUACGAGUUGGAUGAUGAUGACAAGAGGAAGGAGUUUCUUGAUGAUCUCUUUAGUUUCAUGCAGAAGAGAGGGACCCCAGUGAAUCGUAUUCCUAUCAUGGCUAAGCAGGUGUUGGACCUCUACACGCUGUACAAGCUGGUUACGGAAAAAGGAGGCUUAGUGGAGGUCAUCAAUAAGAAAAUAUGGCGUGAGAUCACGAAAGGCCUGAACCUGCCCACCUCCAUCACCAGCGCUGCUUUCACCCUGCGAACUCAGUACAUGAAGUACCUUUACCCAUACGAAUGUGAAAAGAGGGGUCUGAGUUCCCCCGGAGAGCUCCAGGCGGCAAUCGACAGCAACCGCCGCGAGGGUCGUCGCCAGAGUUACGGGUCGGCCAUCUUUAAUUACUCCCCCGUGGGGACCCCUUCGAUCCUCUCCUCCCCUAAGAUGAGCAUGUCUCAUCUGGCCAUGACCUCACAUAAUGGAACACACCUGACCCAGGGACCCAGCAUCAAGAAAGAGGACGGCCUGAUGGGGGGCUGCUUGUCGGGACGCACCGGUGGCGUGACCAUGUCCCUGGGGGGGCACCACGGGGAAACCGCCGCCCAGGCUGUGGCGGCCCAGUCGGCUCAGGCCGCGGCCCUGGAGCAGCUGAGGGAGAAGCUGGAGAGCGGCGAGCCGCCGGAGAAGAAGAUGAUGAUGAUGGCCGAGGAGCAGCACAGGCUCAUGCAACACGCGCUUCAGCAGAACCUCUUCGCCAUGGCAACGCAGCUGCCCAUGAACAUAAAGCUCAACAACCGAGGUGAGGCGAUGAGAGAUGACAGACAAGAGACGGCAUUGAAUCUGUCUACCAGCGGCAUUAGCAGCAUCAACAUGUCAAUAGAAAUAAAUGGAGUUGUCUACACAGGAGUUCUGUUUGCCAGGAAGCCCUCCCUCCCCAUGAUGCUGGGCGGUCACCGGGUCCAGAACCAGAACCAAUCCUCAUCUCAGGAAAAGACCAGUCCGGUGCUCCACUCCUCUGUGCAGAUCCAGCCUUCCCGCUCCUUGUCGUCCACAUCUUCCACGUCCUCAACCCACGGACAUGGAAACUCCUCCCCCUAAACUGAGCCACGCCCUCAGCCCCACUGUCUCACUUCUAAACUCCGCCCCCCCGUCCCCGAAAGACAACAAGCAGUCUGUGAUACCUGGAGAAGAGACUUCUAUUGUCAAUCUUGUCUUUUUCUCAAGUUCUGUUAGUCCUGUUGAAAGAAUCCAAGUUUUAUUAACCAAGAAAAAUACUUCCGUAGAAAAAGAAAAUGCUCUCGUUCUAAUUUCUCCUCCUUCCUCCGAACUCUGAAUAGCAGUGAUAUGUACAAUAGAGGACCUCUGAACCAUGUCUGUGUACAGAGGGAGUGGGUUGUAUUUCUGUUUCCUGACACCAGAUGCUCAGUUUGCAGAAGCAUCCAAACAGAUAUAAGGAACUGUGGAACAAAGACACUGGGAUCGAGUUGGCUCUCUGCUGUCUGUCUGUCUGUUGUUCCGCCAUCAAAGAUGAGAUGCUUGACCCUUGUUCCUCGAGAGAGAGAGUGCUUGUUAAUCUGCGCUAGGGUUUGAAGGCGACCACUGCAAGGCAUGACAAGCCGUUUCAUUGUCACUUGAUAAACGCCAAAAAACUCACGUUGUCUUUAAAUCACGAACUAGAGUAUUGCUACUUUUAUCUGAGAACCAAAGAAAAAAUAGAGUAACCAAUGAAAAGAGAGUAGCUGAAUAAACAUCUGAAAUAUGCACUGCACACACUCAACCGCGGCUGUUGUGUCAGUGAUCAAACUACCACCGCUAUAUUCCCCUAAAAGCACAUCCAACAGAAUCAGGGAAACCUCAUCACUUCUCUUCUAGGGACGAACAUUUCUCAGAAAUCCGAUGGUUCAGACGCUGAGUGUUCCGAUCUGUCAAUGUCACAAGCAGUCAAAACCAUUUCUGAUGCAGAGGGGUAACAGCUAGUAUCAAGACAUCCUGUUGUUUUAUUCCGACGCCUUUGUCAGCUGGCCUGGUAGCCUACGUCUCUUAGCAACCCUUCGGACAGGUUAGGCUAGGUUCCCAGAAUGCAUGAUGGCUUUAAGAGAAAUAUUUUGGAAGGCAUCUUCUGUUGACUGCGCAUCAGUAUCCAUCAGUCAUUGCCAUUAAAGUUUGUGUAAAAGUCUUACUUUGCAAUCAGACUAUAGCAACAACAAAAAAAGGAUCUUCUGAUGGACUAUUGCCGAGCAGUCAGUCUCAAAUCCUACGAAAUUAAGACUUUAACAAUUGCUACGGGAUCCCAAUCUGCCGAGCACAGGAUUGGGCAGAGCACUUCGACGUGUGACCCUGUGGAAGGAGAUAUGUAGGUAAAUCACACAUGGUAAAACCUACGGAUUGCUGUCCAGACAAACAGAUUCAUGUGGGUGAAACAGCAGAACAUACAGAGUACUAAUCUAAUCAUUUAUCACACAGUGGUUUUCAGUAAAUAGCAUCAUGUCUUUUUUUGUAAUGCACUUGUGACUAACGCUGCAGUCUCUCUACUCACUCUUUUGCUCUUUCUAUAUUGUUCUCUCUUUAUCUCUGUCUUGUUCCUUCUCUCUCUCUCUGCUUGGCUUCAUGAAGAUAAAGAUAUCAGUUUUUUUCUAUUGUGAAGAGAAAUGGAAAACAGUUAGAAGAUUUUUUAUUAAGUCUUUUAAGCAUAUAGUUUCAUAUUUUAUUUAUUUAGUUUUUAUGUUUUGAUUUGGGGCUGCAACCAUGCAUUCAGCUACACAACUUUUGUUUCAAAACUUUUUGUCUUUUCUCCCACAGACAGAUACCUCAUUAACCUUUGUCUGAAUAUAUAUUACAGAGCAUGAAUACAAAAUAUACCUCAUA